GACUCUCUCUGUUUCAUCUCUCUCGCUCUCUCGAAGUUUCAAGUUCGACUAUGGCAGCAGCGAUGUCUUCUUCUUGCUGCGCUUCUUCCCUCCGUUUCAUCCCAUUCAAACGGACUUUGUUUUCUUCUAUCCAUUUUCCGGCCAAAACCCUUAUUCUACGACCACUAAAACCGUCGGAAAUUCCUUCCUUUCGCCGGACGAUCAUCACGUUCCAGAAAAUUUCAACCGGAAUCGUUCCUCCUCUAUCAGCUUCAUCAUCAUCUCCGUCGAGCUCUGGAGACCUUCAACCAAUCGAAGAGCUACCUCCGAAGCUACAAGAAAUCGUCAAGCUUUUCCAAUCGGUACAAGAGCCAAAGGCUAAAUACGAGCAGCUUCUGUUCUACGGGAAGAAUCUGAAACCACUCGAUUCUCAAUUCAAGACGAGGGAGAAUAAAGUUGAAGGAUGUGUUUCUCAGGUUUGGGUUAGGGCUUUCUUCGAUGAGCAACGUAAUGUUGUGUAUGAAGCUGAUUCUGAUUCGCUUCUCACUAAAGGUUUAGCUGCUCUAUUAGUCCAGGGUUUAUCUGGAAGACCUGUGCCUGAGAUUUUGAGGAUUUCACCUGAUUUCGCUCUUCUUCUCGGUUUGCAGCAGAGUCUGACUCCUUCUAGAAGCAAUGGUUUCCUUAAUAUGCUUAAGUUGAUGCAGAAAAAGGCUCUUCAUUUGGAAGUCAAAGGUGAGGAAGAUUCAAGUUCUGAAUCCAGCUUUGUAUCUACUCCUGAGACUAAGGACGAAGCUAGUGUUCCAGAGGUGGAUUCGGAGUCCAAACCUGGUCUAGUUGAGGAUUUGGGAACAGAAAAGAUUGAUGAUUCUGAUAGUGGGUCUAAUGGUGUUGCUUUAGGGAGUAGAGGGAUGAGGAUAAGAGAGAGAUUGGAGAAGGAGUUGAAUCCUGUUGAGUUAGAAGUUGAAGAUGUUUCUUACCAGCAUGCAGGACAUGCUGCUGUUAGAGGUAGUGCUGGUGAUGAUGGGGAAACACAUUUCAACUUGCGAAUCGUUUCGGAUGCUUUCCAAGGUAAAAGCUUGGUCAAGAGACAUAGGCUGAUAUAUGACUUGUUGCAAGAGGAGUUGAAGAGCGGGUUACAUGCUCUCUCUAUUGUGGCAAAGACUCCUGCUGAGGUUUGAGGGUGUAGCAAUGGAAGAAUUCAGGUCCAGAUUCUUUUACUUCUCUAGGUCCAUUUGCUUUUGGAUUUUGUUCUCUGGACCUUUUAAUAAUGUUGAGGCUUGAGA